UUCGGAGUCGAAUCUUGUAGGAAACAUUCUCUUGCAAUCGUCAAUUGAGUUUUGCGACGACAUGAUAUUCUGAACUGACUACUUCUUUGCGGCCUUAGAAAGCUCUACUUAUGAGCUUCCUAGUUGCUGCUUCCAAUUAACCCCUCUCAUCGCACUGUUCUAAACAUUCCCAGUCGACUUUAACACCAACGUCCCCCACCGGCUAAUAGCCAUUACGAGUCGAAAUGGUUGAUUCCGUACACUAUGAGCCCGCCUCUGCGCGGAUUGUGGGCUCCGAGGAUGAAGGUCUUAUGUGCCUUGAUCUCGAGGAUCACUCUUCCUACCAGGGGUACAGUUUUGGUGCCAAGAAGAGCAUCGCUGGAGAGUUGGUUUUCCAGACAGGUAUGGUAGGAUACCCAGAGUCGGUAACAGACCCUUCGUAUCGUGGACAGAUUCUUGUAAUCACAUUCCCUCUCGUGGGGAACUACGGUGUCCCUUCUAGGGAGACGAUGGACGAAUUACUUCGUGACCGUCCCGCACAUUUCGAGUCUUCUCAAAUCCAUAUCGCCGGUCUCGUCGUGUCUUCCUACGCUGGCGAAGAUUUCUCACACUUCCUCGCGACCUCCUCCCUGGGAACAUGGUUAAAAGAGCAGGGUGUCCCUGCUAUGUAUGGCGUCGAUACUAGGGCUCUGACAGAACGUAUUCGACAAGAAGGUAGUAUGCUAGGCAGAAUGUUGUUGCAAAAGCAAGGCUUGACAAAUGGAACAACCAACGGUGUCAAUGGCACUGUGAAUCAUCAAAUUAAGCAAGACUGGAAAUCGCACUUCGAUUCGAUCGACUGGGUCAAUCCUAACACGAAGAACCUUGUGGCUGAGGUCUCUAUCAAACAGCCCCAGCUCUAUAAGCCGGUUCCAUCUUCCGCGCUCAAACAUCCUUCAGGACGUCCUCUUCGCGUACUCUGCCUAGAUGUUGGCAUGAAAAAUAACCAACUCAGGUGUUUCUUAAACAGAGGAAUCGAAGUUCUCGUGUGUCCAUGGAAUCAUGACUUUGCAAAUGGCGCCGGAGAGGAGUAUGACGGUCUUUUCAUCUCGAACGGCCCAGGUGAUCCGGCCGUCAUGCACGAACCCGUAGAGCAGAUUGCCAAGGCGAUGAAGGCUAACCGUACGCCGGUAUUUGGUAUUUGUCUUGGACACCAACUACUUGCCCAAGCUGCCGGUGCGAAGACUGCCAAGAUGAAGUUUGGCAACCGAGGACACAAUAUCCCCUGCACAAGCAUGGUAACCGGAAAAUGUCACAUUACUUCUCAGAAUCACGGUUUCGCGGUUGAUGCCGGAUCCCUCCCAGAAGAAUGGAAGGAACUGUUUGUGAAUGCCAACGAUGGCAGCAAUGAAGGUAUCAUGCAUGUCAGCAAGCCGUACUUCAGUGUACAGUUUCACCCGGAAAGUACACCGGGUCCUCGCGAUACAGAAUUUCUAUUCGACGUUUUUAUCAAUACUAUCGUCAGUUGUGCCAAGAACCCAGAACUUCUUGAAUCUCCGGUUAAGUUUCCUGGAGGCACUACUGAAGAAAAUGAGAGGUUGCAUCCUCGUGUCAGCGUCAAGAAGAUUCUAGUCCUUGGAAGCGGUGGCCUGAGUAUUGGACAGGCAGGCGAAUUCGACUACUCAGGAAGCCAAGCCAUCAAGGCUUUGAAGGAAGAAGGUAUCUACACCGUCCUAAUCAAUCCUAACAUUGCGACGAUCCAAACCUCGAAGGGUCUCGCCGAUAAAGUCUACUUCCUCCCCGUUACAGCCGAGUUUGUCCGCAAAGUCAUCGUUCAUGAGCGGCCGGACGCAAUAUAUGUUACAUUUGGCGGCCAAACUGCUCUGCAAGUUGGCAUUCAACUUAAGGAUGAGUUUGAAGACCUCGGCGUCAAGGUGCUAGGCACUCCUAUUGACACGAUUAUUACAACGGAAGACCGAGAAUUAUUUGCCCGCAGCAUGGACUCAAUUGGCGAGAAGUGUGCCAAAUCUGCCUCUGCUAGCAGCGUAGAUGAAGCAAUGCGAGUUGUGAAGGACAUUGGCUUUCCUGUUAUCGUCAGGGCUGCUUAUGCUCUGGGUGGGCUGGGCAGCGGCUUUGCCAACAACGAAGCUGAACUCCUGGAUCUCUGCAAUAAGGCUCUAGCGGCAAGCCCGCAGGUUCUAAUCGAACGAAGUAUGAAAGGCUGGAAGGAAAUCGAAUAUGAGGUUGUGCGGGAUGCCCAAGAUAAUUGCAUCACCGUCUGCAACAUGGAGAACUUUGACCCUCUUGGUAUUCACACAGGCGACUCGAUCGUUGUCGCGCCAUCGCAGACAUUGUCUGAUGAAGACUAUAACAUGCUACGGACGACAGCAGUCAAUGUUAUCCGUCAUCUAGGUGUAGUUGGAGAGUGUAACAUUCAGUAUGCCCUAAACCCAUUUUCAAAGGAGUAUUGCAUCAUCGAAGUCAACGCAAGACUUUCAAGAUCAUCCGCUCUCGCAUCUAAAGCAACCGGAUACCCACUCGCCUUCACCGCUGCCAAGUUAGGACUAGGGAUCCCGUUGAAGGAAAUUAAGAACUCGGUCACGAAAGUAACAUGUGCCUGCUUCGAGCCGUCAUUGGAUUACGUCGUCGUCAAGAUGCCCCGAUGGGAUUUGAAGAAGUUCACAAGAGUAUCUACACAACUUGGAUCAUCAAUGAAAAGCGUUGGUGAGGUUAUGAGCAUUGGAAGGACAUUCGAAGAAGCUAUCCAAAAGGCAAUCCGAGCCAUCGAUUUCCACAACCUUGGCUUUGGCGAAACGAAAGCUCUCAUGUCAAUCGACGACGAGCUGCAAACUCCAUCUGACCAACGUCUCUUCGCUAUUGCAAAUGCUAUGCACGCUGGAUAUUCAGUAGAUAGGAUCUGGGAACUCACUAAGAUUGAUAAAUGGUUCCUGCACAAACUCAUGGGUCUAAGCCAAUUCAGCAAAGAAAUGGCCAAGUACAAUACAAGCCAAAUCUCGCAGCAUAUCGAUCUGCUUCUUCAAGCAAAACGCCUCGGAUUCAGCGAUCGUCAACUAGCAAAGUUCUGGGAUUCCAACGAACUAGCAGUAAGACGUAUGAGACUCGAAGCCGGAAUCACGCCAUACGUGAAACAAAUCGAUACAGUCGCCGCUGAAUUCCCCGCCUAUACCAACUACCUUUACCUCACAUACAACUCCUCCACACACGAUCUCGACUUCAACGACCACGGCGUAAUGGUUCUCGGAUCAGGAGUCUACCGCAUUGGGUCGUCGGUGGAGUUCGAUUGGUGCUCUGUCAGAGCCAUCCGCACGCUUAGAGAGUCCGGAUUCAAGACAAUCAUGGUUAACUUUAACCCCGAGACUGUCUCGACUGAUUAUGACGAAGCGGAUAGAUUGUAUUUCGAGAACAUAAAUCUAGAGACGGUUCUUGAUAUUUAUCAAAUGGAAUCGGCUAGUGGGGUUUUGGGUGCUAUGGGUGGUCAAACACCUAAUAACAUUGCUUUACCACUACUUCGUUCGGGUGUGAAGGUUUUAGGAACCUCUCCGGAAAUGAUCGACAGGGCUGAGAAUCGUUAUAAGUUCUCUCGUAUGCUUGAUGAGAUUGCUGUCGAUCAGCCAACGUGGAAAGAACUUACUAGCUUUGAAGAUGCUAAAAGUUUUUGUAGGAAGGUCUCGUACCCAGUCUUGGUUCGACCUUCGUACGUCCUGUCCGGUGCUGCUAUGAAUACGGUGUAUUCAGAAGCGGAUCUCGAGUUAUAUCUUGAGCAAGCUGUUGAGGUGUCACGUGAACACCCUGUGGUUAUCACGAAGUAUAUCGAGAAUGCUAAGGAGAUUGAAAUGGACGCCAUCGCUAAGAACGGAACUGUGGUUGGACAUGUCAUUUCCGAACAUGUCGAGAAUGCUGGUGUUCAUUCCGGGGAUGCGACUCUUAUACUACCGCCUCAAGAUCUUGAACCGACCACGAUCCAACGUAUCGAAGAGGCUACGCGAAAGAUUGGUGCUAAACUUAAUGUCACGGGUCCGUUCAACAUUCAAUUCAUUGCAAAGGACAACGACAUCAAAGUCAUCGAAUGUAAUGUUCGUGCUUCACGUUCAUUCCCUUUCGUAUCAAAGGUCAUGGGGGUUGACCUAAUUGAGAUGGCAACCAAGGCCAUCAUGGGGAUUCCCUUCACGGAAUACCCACCAACCACUUUGCAGCCGGAUUGUAUCGGAGUGAAGGUUCCACAAUUCAGUUUCUCGAGACUUUCCGGGGCCGACCCAGUGUUGGGCGUGGAGAUGGCUUCGACUGGAGAGGUUGCUUGUUUCGGUAUGGACAAGUAUGAGGCGUAUCUUAAAGCGCUGAUGUCAACGGGCUUCAAGAUCCCCAAGAGUAACAUCCUGUUAUCGAUUGGCUCUUACAAAGACAAAAAGGAGAUGCUUCCAUCGGUUGAGAAAUUGCAGAAAAUGGGAUAUAAGCUAUUCGCUACUGCAGGUACUGCUGAUUUCCUUCAGGAACAUGGUAUUCCCGUCCAAUUCCUGGAGGUCCUCAGCAACGAGGAAGACGACCAAAGAUCCGAGUUCUCGCUCACGCAACAUUUGGCAAAGAAUAUGAUCAAUCUCUAUAUUAACUUGCCAUCUAACAAUAAGUACCGUCGACCUGCCAAUUAUAUGAGCAAGGGAUACCAGACUCGACGAAUGGCCGUGGAUUACCAGAUCCCGCUGGUCACAAAUGUCAAGAACGCGAAGAUCCUCAUUGAGGCAAUUGCAAGACAUUUCGAGCUAGAAAUUAGCAAUCGCGAUUAUCAGACAAGUCAUCGUACCAUCGUCUUACCAGGAUUGAUCAAUAUCGCCGCUUUUGUACCUGGAAUUGGUACUCAGGGUAGCCACGAUCUACAGGCCGUUACCAGAGCUUCAAUUGCCUCCGGUUUCAGCAUGAUAAGAAUCAUGCCCAUGGGCGUUGAAGGUGCUAUUACUGAUGCGAGGACAUUGAAGAUUGCUCAACAAAGCAGCAAGCGCGGCGGUUAUUGCGAUUACAACUUUUCCGUCACAGCCACCUCCAACAACUCCGACCAGAUCAGCCAGGUGACAGGCGAAGUCGGAUCGCUCUUCAUACCGUUCAAUCAUCUGUCAGAUAAUAUCAGCAAGGUUACGGCGGUCACCGCGCACUUUGAUUCAUGGCCCAUUCACAAGCCCAUCUUGACCGAUGCGAAAACAACAGACCUCGCCUCUAUUUUGCUGCUUGCGAGUCUCCACAAUAGGCGCAUCCACGUUACAAGUGUUACGACCAAGGAAGACAUCCGUCUUAUUUCCCUAAGCAAGCAGAAAGGCUUAAACGUUACUUGCGAUGUAUCGGUUUAUUCGUUGUACUUGUCGCGAAAGGAUUUCCCUGAGUGCCAAUGUCUUCCCGAUCCUGAAGACCAAAAGGCACUCUGGGAUCAUCUCAGCACGAUAGAUGUGUUCUCCAUUGGCAGCCUUCCUUACCAGCUUGCGCGCCACAUGCAAUCUGAUGCAAAUUCGGUAGACAUCGCGGACCCCACAGUCGGUAUCGCUGAUGCUUUACCUCUUUUGUUGACCUCUGUCACAGAAGGCAGGUUGACAAUUGACGACGUGAAGACACGUCUUUACGAUAAUCCGAAGGAGAUAUUCGAACUCCACGAGCAAGUUGGAACCUCUGUUGAAGUUGAAAUUGACCGCCCAUACACUGUACCGAGAACAUCGUCCUGGUCGCCAUUCGCUGGCAAGACCAUGCGCGGGGCAGUUCAAAGGGUUACUUUUAACAACAAGACCGUCUGCCUCGAUGGAGAAAUCAUUCCGAUCAGCCCACUUGGGAAUGAUAUGUCUACUCAUGGCAGUCUGCCUACACCUUUGUCGCCGCCUAUGAAGUCGAUCCCUCAACCAUCGCACCCGCUCGACGUUCUCCGUGCCCGACGCCUUUCAAGCCUUGGUAAGCCAGCGGGUAUUCCGCGGCUAGCUGAUAGCGAGGUAGAUACGGUACGCCCUACCUCGCGAAGUGCGCCCGCCUUGGAUGAGUUUGGUUUGCCAGGUCCUGCGCGAGCGCCUUUUGUUGAUUCCCUGCAUGACCUUCUCAUGCAGCCUUCCGCAUUUAAAAGUGCGCAUGUUCUCUCUGUUAAGCAAUACACAAGGUCCGAUCUUCAUUUACUGUUCACGGUGGCCCAAGAGAUGCGCCUCGGCGUUGACAGGGAGGGCGUUCUCAAUAUUUUGCGUGGUCGCGUGCUUUGCACUAUGUUUUAUGAACCGUCGACGCGCACCUCGGCAUCUUUCGACGCCGCUAUGCAACGCCUAGGUGGCAGGACCAUCGCAAUAACACCGACACAUUCAUCUGUUCAGAAAGGAGAGACUCUUCAAGAUACGCUCAGGACGCUCGAAUGUUACGGAGACGCCAUUGUACUGCGCCACCCUGAAGAGUCGUCGGUGGAUGUAGCGAAGAAGUAUAGCAAGGUUCCUAUCAUCAAUGGUGGGAAUGGAAGCAAGGAACAUCCCACUCAAGCUUUCCUCGACCUUUUCACGAUUCGUGAAGAGCUUGGUACUGUACAGGGCUUGACGAUCACCUUCAUAGGUGACCUUCUUUACGGACGGCCAGUGCAUUCGUUGGUGUACUUAUUGCGACAUUAUCAAGUCCAGGUUCAGCUUGUUGCGCCAAAAUCAUUGGCACUUCCGGCCGAGGUUCGCAGCCUGCUAAAAGAAUCUGGGCAGCUGCUUUGUGAGUCCGAAGAGCUCACACCAGAGAUUCUAUCUAGGAGCGACGUGCUGUAUUGCACGAGAGUGCAAAAAGAGCGCUUCCCAAGCGUCGAAGCCUAUGAGAAAGUCAAGAACUCAUACCGUAUCGACAACGCAACCCUCAAAUAUGCAAAGCAGACGACACGUGUGCUACACCCUCUCCCUAGGAAUGAGGAGGUUGCGGAGGAGGUUGAUUACGAUCAACGCGCAGCUUAUUUCAGACAAAUGAGGUAUGGCCUUUACUGCCGCAUGGCCUUGCUCGCUUUGGUCAUGUCUGGUUGAAAAUUAGACAUACUUUCUAUUGUAAUGGCCAACUCGCGCCUUUACGUUCGUAGACAAUCUUUCUUAUAAGAUUGUGAUAUAAGGGUUUGUUUUCGAGGAGCAUAAAAGUUAGAUAGUCAUAUCGUCUCCUUUCGUAAAGGUUUAUCAAAAACUACUAGGUACCCGACGUAUAUUUGUAGGAACACUACACUAGACAUUGAUUAGGCUCACGCCGUUUAUGAGUGAAUGAUUUACGUAUAAGGUAUAGGUAGGUAGGUAGGCAUAUUACGUACUAGGUAUGUAUGUUAGGGGUAUAGGUAUGUAUUGUAUGUAUUAUAGGUAUGUAUUAUACGUAUAUAUAUAUAUAUAUGUGUGUGUGUG